AUGGACUCAAAUGGCAAGUACAUCGAUGUUGCUCUUGGUCGUAGCCCAGACAGUCCCUCAAAGAGCAAAAGAGAACUUCACCAUCCUCAAUCUAAAGCACACGCUAUUCCAACAUUACCAAACAGUGCUUCUUACCCACAUCCGGCUGAGCCCCAUCCUGCAUCUUGGAGAAUCCACCAACAGCACCCACACACCCAGCACCAACGUCCUGUGCCAGUGCACCCACACCCUCAGCACCCACAUCCUGUGCCAUCGCAACAACACCCUCAGCAUCCACACCCUUUGCCAGUGCACCCACACCCUCAGCAACCACGCCCUGUGCCAGCAGAACAUCUGCACCCACGCCCUGUGCCAACAGACCCUCAGCACCUACGUCCUGUGCUAGUGCAUCCACACCCUCAGCACCCACGUCCUGUGCCAGUGCACCCACACCCUCAGCACCCAGGUACUGUGGCAGUGCACCCACACCCUCAGCAUCCACGCCCUGUGCCAGCAGAACAUCUGCACCCACGCCCUGUGCCAACAGACCCUCAGCACCUACGUCCUGUGCUAGUGCAUCCACACCCUCAGCACCCACGUCCUGUGCCAGUGCACCCACACCCUCAGCACCCAUGUACUGUGGCAGUGCACCCACACCCUCAGCAUCCACGCCCUUUACCAGUGCACCCACACCCUCAGCACCCACGUCAUAUGCCAGUGCAACAACACCCUCAGCAUCCACGCCCUGUGCCAGCAGAACAUCUGCACCCACGUCCUGUGCUAGUGCACCCACACCCUCAGUACCCACAUCCUGUGCCAGUGCACCCACACCCUCAGCAUCCACGUCCUGUGCCAGUGCAUCCACACCAUCAGCAUCCACUUCCUCUGCCAGUGCAUCCACACCCUCGCAUCCACGCCCUGUGCCAGUGCACCAACAUCCUCAGCACCCACGUCCAGUGCCAGUGCAUCCACACCCUCAGCAUCCACGCCCUGUGCCAGUGCACCCACACACUCAGCACCCACGUCCUGCGCCAGUGCAUCCACACCCUCAGCAUCCACGUCUUGUGCCAGUGCAUCCACACCCUCAGCAUCCACACCCUGUGCCAGUGCACCCACACCCUCAGCAUCCACAUCCUGUGCUAG